AUGGGGCCAUUUGCCUCCCUCACGGCAAUUUUACUUCUUCUUCCACAUCUCACAGCCGCGACGGUGAAGCAAAAUGGAAAAAAAUGUGACUGUUUUCGCACUACUGGUCCAUCUGGAGGCUACUUCACCAACCAUAUAUUUCAAGACUUUCGUGGCAUCUCCGCCUCACCGGCACCGCCUCUACUAACAUCCAAAGAUAGCUCCAAUGAUGCAUCAGUUACACAUAGCUAUUUCAAGAGCCCAGCUUGGACUAAAAAUUGGAGAAUUCAACACUGGAAUAACACCGAUUCAAUGGAUCAAACCAGCGCCACGCUAAUGAUGAUUAACUCUCUGAAUAAUGUAUAUAUUGAAAAUAAUCCCUCAGAUCCUCAUCUCAGCUGGUUAACGCUUCGUACUGCUCGCGCGCCCACCUUUCAAGCAGCAGCCGAAAUUGAUACGGUACCCAACAAUAUGCUCUUCCUCUCUGUGCGUUACCUCGCUCGGAUAAGUGGAGAUCCAGGUGCCUGUGCAGGUUUCUUCACCUAUCUCCCACCUGGCUCUGAUCCUACAAGUGUACAGGAAGCAGAUAUUGAGAUAUUGACUGGUGCUCCCGUGGACCACGCCCAAUUUACGAAUCAACCAAGCUUUGAUAAUCAAGGCCGAGAACUUAAAGAAGCUAGUAUGAACACAACUAUACCCAAAACAAACGACUAUUCACAGUGGAACGUCUGGAGAAUGGACUGGAUGCCUGGGCAGACCAGCUGGUAUGUUAACGACGUAUCAGUUGCAAACAUUAGCAUUCAAACUCCUAAAGACCCGGCUGGUCUAAUCAUGAAUAUGUGGAGUGAUGGGGGACUAUGGACUGGUAACAUGAGUGUAGGCCAGUCAGCAUAUUUGAAUGUCCAAUGGAUAGAGAUCGCCUAUAACACUAGUGGAGUUUCGGAAAGCGACCGUAGGAAAAGAGAUGAGACUUCCCUAUCGACAAUUGGACGCUUACCACGACGAGAUCCAGCCUUAUGCGCAGCAGUCUGUAGCCUGGAUGAAAAUAUCACUGCUAUUGGAACACCGAAGCUUUUGUAUGGACGAGCAGAUCCAACAUGGUCAGCAUCUUCUCGAAGUCUCUGUAUACCAAUAGCCCUCAUAAUAGCUGGAGUGGUGGGAAUAUUGUGA